AUGAAACUGAACCAGGUUCCCUUUAGGCUCACCAUGGCCAAUACUGAAGACUUUUUAUCCUUAUUAAGGACAUUAAGGCUUAAUUUAAUUGGUUUCCUGACCCCUGCCUCUCCUCUGACUAUGGCUCUGACCACUGAUACUAAUACUCCCUUCUUAUUGUUUGCUGUCAUCUCUAUCCAUUCUGAAUCAUCCACACAGUGUCUCCAAAAACAAUCCAGUGCCACACUAUUCCUACCAGAGGCCAACAUAAAUCCUACACCAACAUUGCCAAGAUUAGUUUCCGUAAACAUGACUUUCCCCAUGAAGUUCAUAUUGGUGGAUUGUCCUGCCCUGUCGGUCCAUAUCGAUCUCUUCUCCAACAAUGUCAGAAAUGUUGACAUUUUGGCCACCCAGCCACACACUGUUGCUCCACAGCCAACUGUCCUCUAUGUGUCCAACCUGCUCCCAGUGCAGAGUGGCAAGGUUUGGGUGUCCAAUCACACUUCUUAUGCUGUAACUCAAAUGGUGCCUAAGGAAAAGAGGUUGAUAAAAUUAUCACCAGUAGCAAUAAUGAAAGCUAUCAAGAAUGAUACCGAGAUCAAAGGAAUGGAGGAGUGUCAUAUUCGUGAUGCAGCUGCACUGUGCCUUUAUUUCUCUUGGCUUGAAAAGGAGGCUGCAAAAGGAACUCAGACUGAAAUAUCUGCAGCUGACCAGCUUCAAAAAUUUAGAGAAGAACAGGAGAACUUAGUUGGUCUCAGUUUCUCUACUAUCUCAUCAGUUGGACCCAAUGCUGCAGUAAUCCACUAUUCUCCGGCCCCUGAAACUGACCGAAAGAUUACUACUGAUGAGGUUUAUCUCUGCGAUUCUGGGGGACAGUAUAAGGAUGGAACAACAGAUGUUACAAGAACCCUCCAUUUUGGCACACCUGACCAGUUUUUGCAGGAGUGUUUCACUCGUGUCCUGAAGGGGCAAAUUGCCAUGGCAUCCUGCAUCUUCCCCACCAAAAUCAAGGGUAACUGUUUAGACACCCUUGCCCGCAAGGCCCUUUGGGAUGUCGGCCUAGACUAUGGGCAUGGAACAGGGCAUGGGAUUGGCAUGUACCUGAAUGUGCACGAGGGGCCAAUGGGUGUGUCAUGGCGGUCAUACCCAGAUGACCCAGGCCUGCAAGAAGGCAUGUUCCUCUCUGAUGAACCUGGCUACUAUGAGGAUGGAAAAUUUGGCAUUCGUAUUGAAAAUAUUGUUCGCAUUGUGAAAGCUGAAACUCCACACAACCAUCGUGAUCGAGGGUUCCUCACCUUUAAGACAGUCACUCUUGUCCCAAUUCAGACAAAACUGGUGGAUCCGACCAUGCUGACAAGACAAGAGAUUGAUUGGCUGAACAGAUACCAUGCGGAAUGUCGGGACAAGGUUGGAAAACUUUUGCUAGAGCAAGGUCACAAGGAGGCUUAUGAUUGGCUUGUAAGGGAAACUCAGCCUAUUGGCUAAUAAGAAUGAAAUGAAAAAUCAGUGACUGUAGAUUCCUAUGUUUUACUAUGAAAAUAUAGUGAGAUUUCAAAACUGGCACCUAAAGUGACAAGGGCCACAGUGGGUUUAAUAAUUGAAAUAUAUGUAGACUGUGCUUUUUAAGUGAUUAAUUUUAGAGUUUGGGGAUAGAUUCCUUAUGUUUUACGUUUAACACAAAUUGGUGCGCAAUGAAACUGAACCAGGUUCCCUUUAGGUACAUAUACUGAAACAUAUUGCCUAUCACUGCCAUGUUAAAUGUCAAGGAUUCUUGAUGUUUCCAGAUGAAGACAAUGUGUCAUGUGCUAAUUUACAAAUAUGAAUGUGCUCUUUUAAUAAAAUAAUCAAUAAGG